AUGUGGGCUGAGAUGUUUCGCCGUGCGGUAGAUGAGAAUGGCACACCAUCUAUCCAUGACCCUUGGCCGGCAAAGGACAUUGCUUAUACUGCAAUUGUUGGCUCAGUCAUGCUUGCCGCCCUUCUUGAAUGGUUUCUCUGGGUGGCCGCUUUUCUAUAUUGUUUAGUCAAAGUCUAUCAAAAGGCCGAGACACUCAGCAUCAAGAUUUUGGCAAUCGUAAUGAUGUUUGCUUUCACAGCUCUCAGAUGUAUAUUCUUGCCUAUCAUGGUCGUCACACUUCCACUUCCAAGCCAAGUCGUGAGAUACUUUCCUCAGGAAAUGGUCAGCUUCUUGCAAUGGUUCGCUUUCUGGUCUUUCUCUGGACUCCUCAUCAUACCUUGGCUCAUCUGCGUAUAUCAACUCGUCACCCACUCUGUUGGAAGGACUAAGCGCAUCAAGCAUGUUCUUGACGAAGAUUCGGCUCCGAAGGUCGUGAUUGUCAUGCCUUGUUACAAAGAAAUUCCCGAGAUCCUUCUCAGAACCGUCGACUCUCUGGCUGAUUGUGAAUAUCCUCCCUCUUGCCUUCAUAUCUUCCUUUCCUUCGAUGGAGAUCAAGAGGACGAACUCUAUCUCAAGACCAUAGAACAACUCGGUGUUCCCCUAACUCUAGACACCUACCCUAAGAGUAUCGAUGUUACUUACAGAAGCACUCGCGUCACUGUGUCACGAUUCCCUCAUGGCGGCAAGCGACAUUGCCAAAAGAGGACAUUCAAACUGAUUGACAAAGUGUAUGCCGAAUACCUCAAACGCAACGACAAUCUCUUCAUGCUCUUUAUCGACUCUGACUGCAUUCUCGACAAGGUGUGCAUCCAAAACUUCAUGUACGAGAUGGAGUUGAAGCCCGGAAGUAAGAGAAAUAUGCUGGCCAUGACUGGAGUCAUCACCUCUACUACGGAGAAGAACAGUCUGAUCACCGUGCUGCAAGACAUGGAGUAUAUUCACGGCCAACUGUUUGAGCGAUCUGUCGAGUCAGGCUGUGGUGCCGUUACUUGUUUGCCCGGAGCCUUGACAGUCCUGCGUUUCUCUGCUUUCAGAGCAAUGGCCAAAUACUACUUUGCGGACAAGGCGGAGCAGUGCGACGAUUUGUUCGACUACGGUAAAUGCCAUCUCGGAGAAGACAGAUGGUUGACUCAUCUGUUCAUGAUCGGCGCCAAAGAGAAAUACCAGAUCCAGAUGAACACCGGUGCCUUUUGCAAGACGGAAGCUGUACAAACAUACCAGAGCUUGCUCAAACAACGCCGACGAUGGUUCCUUGGAUUCAUCACUAACGAAGUAUGCAUGCUUACAGAUGUCCGCCUCUGGAGACGAUACCCCAUCCUUUGUCUGGUCCGAUUUGCACAAAACACCAUUCGAACUACCGCUCUUCUCUUUUUCAUCAUGGUCAUCUCGAUCAUCACGACAUCGCAGAAGAUCGCAAACUUGCCUGUCGGAUUCAUUGCCGUUUCUCUCGGUCUGAACUGGGUACUGAUGCUGUACUUUGGUGCCAAGCUCGGACGUUACAAGAUCAUGAUGUAUCCUCUGAUGUUCGUUAUCAAUCCCUUUUUCAACUGGGCGUACAUGGUGUACGGCAUUUUCACCGCAGGUCAGAGAACUUGGGGUGGACCGCGUGCCGAUGCUGGUGCUGCAAACUCUACGACCACACCACAAGCUGCCAUCGAACACGCAGAAGCAACAGGUGACGACCUGAAUGUCGUACCUGAAACAUUCAAACCAGCAGUCGAAGCAAUCACACGAAAGAAGUCUGUCAAGAACAGAAACGUGCUUCCGGAUCAGAGUCUUGAGGGCAGAUUCGCAGCACCCGAGCUCAUGCCUGGCGGAUGGUACAGACAGGCAGCCGACUCGACGAAUACCCUACCGGAUAUUGCCAAUCAUCCAGCGAUGCGCAGAAUGAGUUGGGAAUCAAUGGUGACGGCCACUUCAGGUAACAACUCGGUCUACCUUCCCCGACGAAUCGAAUCAAUCAUGGGACCAGAAGAUCAACAUCUGUACCACAACGCACAAGCGCGUCAGAGACCAGCUGGUGGAUUGCACUACGAACAAGAGGAAUACGAAACCAGUCGACCUGACACGGGGACAACCGGGACGACUCUUAAGGGGGGUUACUCAGUCUCGGUACGAUCCGCAAGCGAUGACGAAUCGACAUACGGGCAUGGUAGAAUGAACUCGGACAACAGUGACAUGAGCGCGGCGCACGGAAAUGCUCUAGCAAGAACAGAAAAAGUACUGGCGGUACCUGGGAGAACAAGACAGGCGCCUGAUCAUGGUAGCAACCGCAGCAGGACGGGCAAGAGUCCAUUGGCACGAAGAAGCUUUGUCAGAUCGGCGUCGGAUUCGCUCGAGAUGGCAGCAGUUCAAGGGGGUCAAGCGAUAGAGAUGAGAGAGCAAGGAACCGGCCUCAUGGAUCCGAGAGCCAGGAGCAUCAGUCCUCAGGGACCUCAGGCGCCAUCUGUUCAAGCAGCUGCACCUGCUGCUGCAUCAGCUUACGAGAGCCAGCCUCCACCAGCAGAGGCAAAGAGCAAGAAGGAGCGGAAGAAGUUGAGUAAGACGAGACCUGGUAGCAGUGGGAGUGGGAACUAG